GGCGACGCCACAAGCCCCGGCGCCAAGAGCAGCCACCGCUCGGUGCAGGUGGUGACCGACGCUGCUGCAGCCAAUGGGGACAAGGCAGAUGCGGCCCCCGCGGCUCCGUUUAGGUCGUCGCUGCGCUCGUCACUGCAGGAUUCGCUGCAGAAGGACGCGCCGCCCAAGCGCAACGAGCGCUCGGUGCGCGUGGAGAGCGACAAGAAGGGCGGCAAGGAGCGGCCCAAGAGCGGGAGUCAUGCGCCGCAGCAGCACAAGAAGGAGGAGCUGCAGGUGCAGACGAAGGGUCCGCGACAGGUCAUUUCGCUGUCCUCGCCCUCGCCGCAGAAGGGCGCGGGCAAGACGAAGCACUUCAACAGCACUGACAGUGUGUCCUCGCAACGCUCGGACCGCAGUGACAGGAGCUAUCGCAGCGAGCGCUACAGCGAGGAGUACAGGUCGAGCCUUCACGAUGGACCCCAGCCUCUGCGUAGGCUCUCAAGUGGAUCAGCUACGCAGGCGCCAUUUAAAUCGUCGCUGGCGGGGUCGAUGUCGAGUACGAAGAGCUCUCAGGACGUUCGCUUUCAAAAGGAACGCCCGUUGUCGGGAUCUAUUGGGCGCUCGUUCGGGAGGCCUGCGCAAGAUCCAGCGUCACAACGAUCGUCGCUGGAUGGUGGGGCUUCAUCCCUGCGUAGGCCACAGAAGUCUACUGGAGGUCAAGAAAAGGAGGAGACGGCCGUGAAGGCACCGCCAGCACCCGCUGUUGUUGACGAGGCGGAGCGCAAACGCCUUGCCGACAAGCUCAGAGAGCGGAUGGAGGCACGACAGAAAGAGCGCGGUGGCAGUUUGGCGCAGAUGAUGAAGGCGCCGUUGGAUCGCAAGGGCUCAAUGGAGGACGAGCGGCGCAAAAGCCCGCUCGCUGCAAGGAAGGAGCUCGAAAAUGACGGCUCAAGCGCUGAAAAGGAUGCGAGAACCCGCGAGCCAGCCCGGACGCUCAAGUCGUCGUUGACAGCAUCGCUUGCGCCGUCUCGACCAGUUGUCGCACGUGCCAAGAAGCCGACGUACUCGCUUGCGGAGCUCAGGAGGCCAGGCCGAGGCGGCCGUGGUGGUGGUCGCGGCGGCCGUGGAGGUGGUGGCCGUGGAGGUGGCCGACCGCCCCCGCCUCCGCUGUAUGAUGGCCCUAUUGAACCUCUGACAGUGUCUGAAAACCGCUGGAAGCCCACGAAGGAGAAGGAGGUUUCUCCUCUCGAGAAAACUCUGAACUAUGUAAAGAGUCUGCUGAACAAGCUUACGAGGGAAAAGUUUGCGAAGUUGACAAAUGAGCUCUGCGCAGUUGAGAUCGACAGCUUUGUGUUGUUGAGUUCGAUUGUUUCAACGAUCAUGGACAAGGCCUUGGAAGAGCCCAACUUCGCCGACGUGUAUGCCGAUUUGUGCAAGGAAUUCCACUUGCGGACGACUAAGAAAAGUUGGAGCUUUCUGAGUGUGCUGAGUGAUGAAAACGACUCAUUCUACUGGACAGCGAUCGACAAGGCAACGUUCCCUUCGUUUGCUGGCCCUUUUGAUAGCCCGCACAACUGCCUCGAGGAUGUUGAACUAGCUGAAAGCACAGCGACUUCUACGUGUGAAAGUGCAUCUAUUCCUUCUGUGCAAUUCCGUCGUCAUGGCGACUAUUUGGUUGCUGUGGGUGAAAAGGAGGCAGGGGUUUUCUAUUACUCAAAGCGGAAAAUCAACGAUAUCGGCGGAGAUGAGCCGUUCGGCGGGCCUUUCGAGUCAGCCGAGCUUGCGCGCCACGCAGCCGCAACUCAGAUCACAUUUACCCGGCUGCUUGUCUACCGUUGCCAAGGCGAAUUUGAGAAGACGGAAGAAAAGAAGGAAGAAGAAGAAGUUGAUCCUCGACGCCGUGAAAUCCUUGCGAUGCGUGCGAAGGCCAAGAUGCUGGGUAACAUCCGCUUUAUCGGUGAGCUGUACAAGGUGGAUCUGAUCAAGCAAUCCGGAGUCCAAGGCUGCAUCUUUUAUUUGCUCGGAUUGGAACUUAUCCCCGGAGAGGAUGGACAGGAACACCAGGCUCAAGCCGUGCGUUUCCCCGAUGAGCAAGACCUGGAAGCACUGUGCAAAAUGCUGGCCACGGCCGGCAAGAAGUUCGACCAGCCGAAGACAAAGACGAUUAUGAAAAUCAUCAUUUUGCGUAUGGUGGAGCUGUCGGACGACACGAGACUACCGUCGCGGGCUCGGUUCCUCGUGAAGGAUGUUCUUGAAACGAGAGACCACAUGUGGGAGCCUCGUCGCAAGGAACUGCAACAGAAAACGCUGGAAGAGGUUCGCAGGGAGGCUCAAAAGCUGCAGCAGCAAGGCAAGAAUGCGCAGCACGAUGACGUCCAACGCCGUCGCCACAAGACGCGGAUCUCGAGCGCGCAGCUUGCAAAGCAGAGCAGCAACCUCAUUGUGGCUAAGAAAGAGGAGCCGGAGGAGCCCGAGCAUGAUGAGGCGGAAGAACUGUCGCCCGCGCAAAUGUCGAGCCGCAUCAAGAACAUCAUCCAGGAGUACAUCUCCAUCCUGGACCUGGACGAAGCCACCACGUGCGUCCAAGAGUUGGCCGUGGACCCGUACCAUGUCGAGUUCGCCGAGCAAGCGAUCAACACGGCGCUGGAAGGUAAGACCAGCGAGCGCGAGCACGCCGUUGAGCUGCUUGUGGGGCUGUACGAGCGCGGUGCACUGGACGCCAACUCAAUUCAGGCCGCACUGACCAACGUCAUGGAGUUCCUCGAGGACAUGCGCAUCGAUUUGCCGCUGAUUCAUCAAUACUCGGCUUUGAUCUUCGGUCGAUUGGUGGCUGCGGGUUGCUUUGGUCUCUCGUGGAUCAUUUCCGAAGCUCUGGCCCAUUGCGUGGAGUGCAAGCUUACGUCGCUGGUGUUCCCCGAGGUGCUGUCCGUGCUGGAAAUGGAGAGCGACGAGCGGACGGUGAUCCGAAUGCUGACGGAUGAGGAGAUCACACCGGAGAGUGUGCUGCCUGCUGCAGUGAGGGCGAACGAGGCUGAGGUGGAAGCGUACCUCCGUGAGAACGGCAUCGAGGACUUCUUUGGCGGUGGAGACAGCGACGAGGAGGACGAGCUGGAUCAGGAGACCGCCGGCAAGAUGCGCAGCACUUUGGAGGAGUAUCUCUCGGUCAAGGACUUCAACGAGGUGGUGCAGUGCAUCGAGGAGCUCGAAGCCGUCCCUGAUCGCUGGCGGCACUUUGUACACAUCAUGCUGGCGUUCAGCCUCGAGGCGAAGCAGUCUGUGCGCGCUGACGUGGCUGAGCUGCUGGUCCAGCUCUGCACCGGUGAGAAGAUCGCAUCGGAAGACAUCGAGGCCGCUAUAGAGACCAUCCUAGACGACUACGACGACCUGCGCGUCGACAUUCCGCAGCUCGCCGUCAACCUGAGCGAGCUGUGGACUCCACUGUUUGUGAAGCAGGCUCUCUCGGUGCACUGGCUGAGUGAGGCGUGUUCGCACGUGGCCGAGAGCGGCCGUGCAGCAGACGUACUCGAUGCACUGCUCAGGAACUUCGAGACGCGCGAGGGACAAGAGGCUUUGGUGGCUUGGUGGAAGAAGCAGGAGGACGUCGACGCAGUGUGGGCGCAGAUGUCGCCCGCGGCAGAAGACGAGCGACUGAUUAAGUGGAAGUCGCAGCUGCAAUGA